AUGCAGGCUGCAGGAUUACUAUCUAGUUGCAAUAUUCUGCUGCAGGAGACCAUUUCCGAUGGAUAUGACGAAGGAAGGAGCGCGCAAGCCGAAAGCAUAGAUGCCUAUGUGGAGAGAUUUUGGCAAGUAGGGUCACAAACCUUGUCCCAGCUUCUUGAGAAACUAUCAAGCUCUGCAGGGUCCAAAGUUGAUUGUCUUGUUUAUGAUGCAUUAAUGCCUGGGGCUUCAGAUGUUGCAAAAAAGUUUGGAAUAUUUGGGGCAGUUUUCUUCACUCAGUCUUGUGCUGUUAACCACAUUUACUACCAUGUCCACAAAGGACUGCUCAAACUUCCUCUUAGUACUGCUGCUGCUGUUGAUGAUGAUGGUCAGUCUAACAUUUUGCUUCCCGGGUUGCCACCACUUGAACCUUCGGACUUGCCAUCCUCUGGAAACUGUUCGAGGUCUUACCGGGCUAUCUGUAAAAUGGCAGUGGAUCAGUCCUCUAUUGUUGACAAAGCUGACUGGAUUUUUUGCAACACAUUUUAUGAUUCUGAAAAACAAGUGUUUGAAGUUUCAGUUAAAAACAAAGGACUGUUAGGCUCAUCAUAUUAUGUGCCAGAUUCUUCGCCAAAGCAAUUAAUUUGGCGAGCCUAG